AUGGAUAAGAAUAAAAAGGGUGAAGGUAAAAAGAAAACAGAGAGGUGGAGCAGAAAAAGAACGUGGAAAAAAAAACUGUUAGAAAAAGAUGCACACCAGUAUCAAAAAGUCUGUAGCUUGUUUAAGAUAGUGGCUACAAAGCAUGACUUACCACCUACAUCUCAACAUGAAGACAGUGGUGCUCGCUGUAGCACAGCAAUGCAUAGCUCUGUGCAAAGCACUGUUCAAUUAGCUACUGAUACAGGUGAAGAUAUAAGAUAUGUUGAGCUAGAAACUGAUAAACAUGACGAAUCAUUAGCAGAAGAAGAGAUUCUAGAAGUAGUUGGCAUUAAAGAGGGCAUGCCUGACAUGGUUGAUGAUAAAACGUGGUUUAUCAGAUCAACAUCUGAAAACUUGGAUUCCUUCUUAUUGUUUUAUCCAUGUCAACCAGUUGUCCUUUCUUUUAAUUCAAAAAAGUUAUAUCAGAAGAGGGAUGGAAAGAAGCGUCACUGGUGGACAUAUUCACAUGGACAUGGUCCUUUUUCCUGCAUGGUGUGUGUAGCUUUCAGUAAAAAGACGGACAGCAGUGUUGUUAUUGAUGGUUGCAUUGAUGAAAAGUGCAUGUAUCAGACGAUUGAAGAGCUCGAAAGAAGCAACUUCCACAAUAAUGGCUCUGAAUCCUUUUUGAUGAGGUCAAAGAAUAUGGACAUAUCUCGUCAUUUCUUUGAGAAACAAACAAAGCCAGAAAAAGAGGAGAAGUGA